GUGGCAUUUUUCAACACUGCUGGCCAAAAUCAAAACACAAAAUGUUGCGUGUCUUGCAAAGCUCGAGAAAUAUAUCAAAAUAUGCAACAGGUGCCGGGCAACAGGUGUUCCGUUUUGCCAGCACUGAAUCCACUGACCUGGUCUUGGUCAAGGAGCAGAAUGGUGUGCGGGAGAUAACUCUGAAUCACCCAAAAACCCUGAACUCUUUGUCGCUGGAGAUGAUGUCUGCCCUGCAGGAGGCUUUGCUGAGGGAUAGGGACAGUGUGGAUCUGAGAUGUGUUGUGUUGGGAGCCCAGGGAAAAGUCUGGUCAGCCGGUCACAACCUCAAGGAGCUGCAUAACGAUCCAAAGAUCCAGGCGUGUGUGUUCCAGAAGCUCACCGACAUUAUCAAUGAUAUCCAACAACUGCCUGUGCCUGUGAUAGGAAAGGUUAACGGAUAUGCUGCCGCUGCUGGCUGCCAACUGGUUGUGUCCUGUGACAUGGUUAUCUGCUCCAAAACCAGCAAGUUCUCCACGCCUGGAGCCGGUGUGGGAGUUUUCUGUUCCACUCCUGGCGUUGCCAUAGCUCGCAUUAUGUCCCGACCAAAAUCAGCUUUUAUGCUGAUGACAGGUCUGCCUAUCAGCGGCGAGGAAGCCUUUAUCUCGGGAUUGGCCACCAAAGCGGUGCCAGCCGAGGAACUGGAAAGGGAAAUUGAUGAGAUUACUGGUGCGAUCAGCAAAAGCCGGGCUGUAAUUGCUUUGGGGAAGGAGUUUUACUAUAAACAGUUGGCCAUGUCCCAGAAGGAAGCCUGUGCAGCGGCCCAGGCCAAGAUGUGCGAGAACUUCCAAUUGGACGACACCAAAGAGGGCAUUGCAAGCUUCUUUGAGAAGCGGCCACCUAGCUGGAAACAUCAGUAAUCGAUCGGAGCUUUAGUUGUGAAUCUGUUUGACCAAACGGACCAAUUGUGCAUUUAUAGUUGUAAUAUGUUGUUAUCUUCUAUCUUUUAAAUGAUUUACUUUCGACCAAGAAAUAAAAACGUCUUUGAAAAGUUAAA